UCUGAAAUCAAUAAAAAAUAUAUAUAUAGUUUUAAAGCUCAGACUUUAAGGCUUAUAAUCUCGUCAAAUUCCAGUCUCUUCAGGUCCCUGCAUACCUCAUGAGGCCCAGAACCACGAGCUGUUCAUUUCCACCGACUCCAUCCCCCUGUUGCACUUGGCGCUCCUCUGCCCCUUUCCUCCCAACCAGCAGGGCAGAGCGGCCUGAGUCAGGCUGCCCCCGUGACCCCCUUUUGUAAGACACUAGCAUUUCAGCAUAUUUUUGUAGCUUUUCACACUAAAUGGUUGUCAUUUUGCAAAACAAAAUAUUCACACCGGGUAAGAGUUGUGUUGUGUUCCGGGAGCUUGCUAGACCAGGAAUUUACAUCUAUGCUUCCCCCAUCCCUCCUAUGUACGUGGGCCGUGUGCCUGGGCACAACACCUCCCUUAUUGGGGCUCACCUGUCAUCUGUCAGUAAGUGAGUCAAACCACACAACCUGAAAGGACACCAGGAGCUAAUGACACCAUCCUGUCCGCACCCAGGCUCCUCCCACCCUCAGCCACGGGAGGAAGGAGCCAGGACGGCCAGUGUCCAGGGUCUUGGAGACGUGCCCAGCCUGUUUUUGACUCUGGACUUUUCCCAGAAGCUUGGCAUUGUUGCUACCAGGCCUCACCUCACAGAUAUUUUCUAACCGAAACUGGGGCAAAUGGUCUGAAAACAUGGAGAUGUAGAAGACAUGCUCGUGAAAAGAAGGCAGAAGUCUCGCUCCCGCAGGAGGGCAUGGGGGCCGGAUGGCAGGCGCUCAGUGGGCAGGACAGGGCCAGGGCAGCCUGCAGAGAGCAGGCGGAGGGAGGCGCGUGGUGCUGGGGUGGAGUGGGUGGGAAAUGGGCCUCUGGGUGCAUGUUCUGGGGCCUGACUAUGGGGUGACACUGAGUUCAACAGAGCCACUGCCCAUUCUGGCCCCACCCCUCUCGCCAGGAACCGCCUCCCCAACGACCGACCGCAGUGACCACAUCCCCCCAGGUUGCCUUGGAAACACGUCUCAGGACAGGGGAGUUGGGGCACAGUUGCCCAGCAACAGGUGGUGCCUCCCUUCCGCCCUCAUCUGAGGCCCUGCUCUGCACCCUUCCACAGGCCAGGGAAGAGCUGCUCUGAGGGGAGAGGGGAGCCCAAGGACAGAAGACUGAGAUGCCUUGGACUCCAGAGCAGCCCUCUGGGCACAUGGAAGGGCCUCCUGCAUCGGAGUCGGCCUCGUGGCCCCCGCUGCCCUGUGGGCCUUGCAUCCCCAUCAUGCUGGCCCUGGCGGUGCUGGCCGCCCUCUUCCUCCUCACCACGGCUGUGCUGGCCGAGCGCCUUUCCCCACACUCCCCUCCCAGCUUUUUUGUUCCCCAGAUCCCACCCCAGGCCCCAGUCCCAAGUACCUUCUGGGGGCCCCAGGCCUGGGAAGGGAGGCCCCAUGCCCCGGGCCUGGUGAGCUGGGCUGAGCCUGAACAGAGGCCAGAGCCCAGCAUGAAUUUGGGGAGCCCCCAGGCCCGAAGACAGCGGCCAGGGAGCCCUGAUCCCGAGUGGGGCCUCCAGCCUCGGGUCACCCUGGAAGACAUCUCAGCUUUCUGGAGGCGAGAGAGCCGCACCAGCGUGGGUUUCUGAACCCCCAGAGCCCGGAGGACUGGCCUCCCAGAGGCCUCUGAGCAAGGCCCGACCUCAGAGCUCCCGCCUGGGAACCCAGCUGACACCUGAGGCCAGGGAAGGAGGCCAGGCUUUUCACACCCGGAUUUCAGUUCAGCUGGGUCUGGUCUGGGCAGGCUGGGUGUGGACACAGCCUGUGCUGCAGGGGAAGCUCAAGGUGCUUCUGCUUAGCUGCCUGCAGGGGGCGCUCAGGGCAGAGUGGAGGCGGGGAGGACUCUGGGCCAGAAGCCGCCGAGAUCACGUUCCUGAUUAAGAAUUCAAGGUACGAGACCGGCAUGAAAGAGCAUCGCCGCAGCGGCUUCCGCCUUCCUCACUGUGUGUCCAAAUGCCGUGCCAGAGGGCAGGGUGCGGUGGACGCCGAAGAAGAGAUGCCAGCGGUGCUAGCAGAUGACAGGAGCCCAGCUUCCGGAGCCACAAACCAUCCCGCCAGGAAAACACAGUCGGAGAGGCCAAGGCCAGCAAAGGAGCGUCUUACGAAAAAUGAACCCCAGCUCCGAGCACAAACUAGGGGAGCCAAGCUGGAGAGGCCGCUCUGCCUUCAGCCGGGGCCUAGAGCCAGAUAACCAGCGGGUCCUCUGCCGUCUCCGAAGGCUGACACCCCAGCCCGCGGAGUCUUACCCCCCCCCCCCCCCCCCCCCCGGAGGCCUGGGCCAAGGACAUCUGAGGUUGAACCAACAUGGAAAACCUUCCCAGGGCAGGGCAGCUCCCAAAAUGCAGCCUCUGGCCACCCCCCCACCCCUGCCGGCAAGGCUGGCUGGAGUGUUCCAGAGAGACAGGUCCCCCCAGGCAGGCAGGCUUACUUAUAAGGCUCCAGCUCCACCCGGAGAAUGGAGCCCCCAAACGUCCUUGGCCCCAUAGCACCCGUCUCAGCUGACCUCGCUGGGAGCAGAGCCGGGGGCCGGGGAGAGGCCAAGGAGUUUUCACUCCAAACUGGGGUCAUGACUGUUAGGGUUCUUGCCGUAUCAGUUUACCAACUGUACUAUUAUUUACUUUAUGUUUUCUUUGAAUUGGUUUACUGUUUGCUUAAUAAGUUUAUUGUAAAAGGAAUAUUUCGUGUAUCACCUCUGUAAAUGGAAAACCAGUAUCACUUGCCAUAAAUAGAAGGUCAAAUAAAUGCAUUGUAAACAAAGACA